AUUUUCUCCUGGUUUUGUUUCAGAAUAGAAAAUCAACGUGAGACGACCUUCGAUGCACGAAAACCUAGGCAUUUUCAUUCAGUACUGAGAACAUGGAGACUCAUGCCUCAAGAGGAAAGCGUUUAGGUCCUCCUCUGUCAACUGGGCCUGGGAAAAGGUUUCAGAAAAAGAAUCCGCAGUACUCUGCUGACAUAGUGUUCACAAGAGGGGAUAUUCUCCAAACCGUGCCCUCUCUGAGCAAAUUGUUGAAGGGGGUCACAGGGAUUACUGGCCUCCAAUAUGUGUGGGAGUAUCGCAGUCCCAGUAAAACUGUUCAGCCACAUUACCUCUGCAAGCUCUGUUCCCUGUCAUGUGUGCAGCAUGACAUAGUUGACCACGUGAAAGGCUGGAAACACUGCUUCAAAUACAUGAAAAAAUAUCACCCUGACAAGAUUACCUUUGAAGACGGAGAUGUUGUGAAAGACCCUUCACUUAAAGGUCCACUCAGAACUGCUGCUGCAGAGGUGGAAAAGGCAGAAGGGAGGGGACAAAUUAGAGUGAUUAUAAAGGAGCCCUUUGACGUCUUUUGUUUCAAAAAUUUCCGGUCUGCCAUUCCUAAAGUAGGGCCUCCAAAUCAAGAGAUGGAACUGAUGGGCCCCUCCUUUGCUCCAAGGUACCAUGACUCUGGGUUUUCAGGAGAGUUUUCCCGUCAUGGUGGUCCAUUCUCAGACUAUGAAGAGCCUGGGAAUAGGGCCUACAUGUCGAGAGAAACUUUUUCUGGCCCCGAUAUGGAUCAAGGACCUUUCUCAGAUGAUAUGGGUCAAUGCCCUCCUAGAGGUGGAAAUGGUUUUGGUCCUGGUGGUGGAAGAGCUGGCUAUGGUAGGAGUGGACCGCAGGAUGAGGGCCCUAGUAAAAUGUAUCCUGAGAAGUACCAAGGCAACCAGAUGGGGGACAACUUCAACGACAGACCAGAAGAAAGAUCUGAAGGGAUGGAAGCAUCUUCAAGCAGCAGCCUUCCGAAUACUCUCCUCAGAUAUCUGGACACUUUCCAAAUAGAGAGUGAGACCGAUGCACAGUUGGUGCUUAAGGUGACACAGAAAUUAACAGAUGUGUUGAUGGAAUACAGACUGCGGAGCGUAUCGGAGAGUUCCAAUCGUAACUCUUCAAUGAGCGGCGAUGACCGAUACGCCGCCACGCUCUCAGGUCCGUCCAGGUAUGCAGAUGGUCCACCCAGGUAUUACAACUGAAGUGAGAGACAAGGGCCGCAAUCUUCUUCUCUUAUCAUCUAUCCUAGAUGCACAUCAUUUCCAGCUGUCCAGUUUAAAUGUUUUUAUGCUUGGUUGUGUUAUUUUUUAUAAUUUUCUGAUGAUACAAAAAUGGCAUAAAAUAACCAUGGCAGGUUUUAGUUACCUUUUGUCUGUAUUACAAAACAUCUUUUUCUCCUAGAUCUAAUAAAAG